UUGGCACACUUUCCAAGGACAGACAGCCCAGACGUGCAGAUAAAGCAGGAGCCCUGAGCUCUUCUGUAUCUGACUGCCAGAGAUAAGUGCUCGUGUUAUAUGCUGCAGAACUGGUGAUCUGUGACAGAACUGUCUCUGAAUCUAUAUUGUGACUCCUGACUAGUUAUCAUUUUAUUCACCAUGUUAACGAUCUGUUCUGAUACCAUACAUGAAAUACUGUUGAGCAAACAUACAACUAGUGUUAUAGACACGCAUGACAUGUCUUGAGAAAGCUCCGCCCACUGUGUGAGGCCAUGCAGUCAAGCAGGAAAUGCAGCUUAUUGUUUUUGUCUUCCUGAAAGGAGAAACAGAGACAGACGGUAAGGAUUCUAAUCACACAGUAAAAUAUCACUUCCAACUAAUGAAGACAGCUCCGUGAGGGAACACUGUGAACACUGGGAUAACUGGAAAAUAGGAAUACUUGCAAUUCCUGUCAACUGCUGCAGUUUGCUCUGCUUUAUGAUCUGAAAGAGCUGCGACAGAAAGUGAAAGCAACUGUCAGAGAAUCUUCCGGACUGACUGACUUCACUUUUAUUUUUUGCUGUGUUUUCAGCUUCAUUCACAGGCAAAAUGUCGCUCAGAUCAGAAGAGGAUUUCUUAUGUCCUGUCUGCCAUGAAGUCUUCACAGACCCUGUUGUUCUGUCAUGCAGCCACAGCUUCUGCAAAGACUGCCUCCAAAAAUGGUGGAGGGGGAAGAAAACAUACGAUUGUCCGUGUUGCAAGAGAAGAUCCUCAAAGAGUGAUCCCCCUCGUAAUUUGGCAUUAAAGAACCUGUGCGAGGCCUUUUUAGCGGAGAGAGGCGACAGAGGCGACAGAGGCGACAGAGGCCGAAGAGUUUCAGAAGGGUCCGAGUCACUCUGCAGUCUGCACUCUGAGAAACUCAAAAUCUUCUGUCUGGACCACCAGCAGCCAAUAUGUGUGAUCUGUCGAGACUCAAAAAUGCAUAGCAACCACAGAUUCAGACCCAUCGAUGAGGCUGCACAGGAUCUCAAAGAGGAGCUCCAGAAAUCCCUGAAGCCCUUAAAGGAGAAACUGCAGGUCUUUGAAGAUGUUAAAGGAAGCUAUGAUCAAAUAGUGAAACACAUCAAAGUCCAAGCCCAAAGCACAGAGAGGGAGAUUAAGGAGCAGUUUAAGAAUCUUCACCAGUUUUUGCACGAUGAAGAGAAGGUGAGGAUUGCUAACCUGAAGGAGGAUGAGGUGCAGAAGACUAAGAUAAUGAAGGAGGAGGUUGAGAGUCUGAGCAGAGAAAUAGCAGCUCUUUCUAGCACAAUCAGAGCCACAGAGAGGGAGCUCAAAGCUGAAGACAUCUCAUUCCUGCAAAACUACAAGGCUGCAGUUAAAAAAGCCCAGCAGCACCCCCUGCUGCAAGAUCCAGAGCUGGCUUCAGGAGUGCUCAUAGAUGUGGCCAAACACCUGGGCAACCUGACCUUCAAUGUCUGGAACAAAAUGAAAGAGAAGGUCUUCUACAGUCCUGUGAUUCUUGAUCCAAACACUGCCGACCCAGAACUUGUUGUAUUCGAUAAUCUGAGCAGCGUGAAAUCAGGAGAGCGGAAACCACUUCCCCAAAACCCGGAGAGAACCAAGUUCUCCUGCUCUGUUCUCGGCUCUAAAGGCUUCAACUCAGGGACACAUGAGUGGGAUGUUGAUGUUGGAAACAACAAGGACUGGGAACUGGGCGUGUUGAGCGAGUACUCCCAGGUCAGUGGGCGUCUUCAGUCAGGACUGUGGAGAAUUUUGUUCUCUAAUGGUAAAUUCUCAGCAUUUUCAUCACCAGACACUGAGAAGGAUCUACCAGUGAAGAAGGAAGUGCGGAGGAUCAGAGUCCAUCUGGACUUUGACAGAGGAAAGUUGUCGUUCUCUGAUCUCGACACUAAUGCCCACAUGCACACCUUCACACACAGCUUCUCUGACACCCUGUUUCCUUACAUUUACACUGAGAAUCCUCAACCAGUGAAGAUUUUACCAGUGAAGGUCACUGUGACAGUGGAAAAGAACACUUAGAGUGAUGCAUAUCAUCAUAAAGUUGGGAAAUAUGACAAAACUGUGAGACAAAAUUUGUUAAUUGUUUAGGAACGUAGAGCAACUUUAAUAUUAACGGCGCAAAUAUUAGACAAGUGUACAAGCUGGUGAAUAUAAAAGACUGCUGCAAUGGUGGUACUCUCAUAUAUUUAUUGGUUUUAUUUGUACCUCAAUAUACAUAAAAUCAAAAGCUACUCGAUAGUCUACAAUGGAACAUUUAGGUCAGGAUUUAUGGUUGUUUUGUAGAAAUAUGGUCUCAUUUCUAUUUCGCCUAAGUUGCCCUGUUAUAGUUCGUUGUUCAUUAGAUUCCCCUUUUGUCUUCAACCCUGUGUCUCAUGUUUACGUCUUUCAGUGUUUCCUGUUUUAUUUUGAAGAGUCAGCUGUCUCCAUGUUCAAUGUGUUUUGUUUUACUUCCCCUGUGGUGUCAUUAUGUUCCUUUUUGUCAGCUGUUUCCCCACUUCCCUCAUUAGCCUCCUCUGUGCCUUCAUUCAGUCUUUGUCGGGUUGUCUGUGUUACUUUCACGAUGUCAUGUCACGCCAAGGUAUUUCGUGAUUCAGCUCAGGUCAUGCUCACGUUCCAUGUUCCUGUUUUUUCCUCGCUUUUUGCAUGCUCCUGCCCUGAAUCGUGUUCAUGUCUUUCGUUGCAGUUGUCGUAGUUUAGUUUCUUCCAGUUUAGGUUUUAGUUUAGUUUAGUUUUCAUUCCUGUUCACUUUACCGCAGGCUUGGCCAACUCCAGGCCUCGAGGGCCGGUGUCCCUCAGGUUUUAGAUGUCAUCCUGGGUCUGCACACCUGAAUCAAAUGAUUAGUUCAUAACCAGGCCUCUGGAGAACAUGUUGAGGAGGUCAUUUAGCCAUUUAAAUCAGCUGUCUUGGAUCAAGGACACAUCUAAAACCUGUAGGACACCAGCCCUUAAGGCCUGGGUUUGGACACCGCUGCUUUUCUGUGUUUUUUGUACUCAUGUACAUGUUACUCAUGCUCGCUUUUUUAUUAUUCGAGUUACCUUUUUACGCUCCGUUUUUUGAUCUGCAUUUGGGUCCAGUAUUCACUCUACACCAGGGGUAGGCAAAUCCAGGCCUCGAGUGCCGGUGUCCUGGAGGUUUUAGAUGCGUCCAUGAUCCAUCACAGCUGAUUUAAAGGGCUAAAUGACUCCUCAGCAUGUCU